AUGACGUCACAAAAGCGCAGAGACUCCGGAGAUCAGACUCUGCACUCUGACAACUUGUCCAGGAUUUUACUUUGGAACAACUGCAAGAUGUCCUCAAAUAUUUUACCAGACGAGACGGUGUUUGAAGACUUCAAAAAACAGUGUUUAGCCACAGAGAACUGGACCAACAAGUAUGACAAAAACGGAAUGCAAGUGUGGGUCGAAAUGCCCCCUCGAGCAGUGAAGACAAACAACAAGUCCAAAGUUCAUAAAAUGAAGUGCAAAAUGAUCGUUAAAGAUGUAUCUGCUGCCACAAUGUAUGAUGUUGUCCAUGAUGGAGAGUAUCGUAAGAGUUGGGACCCUACUAUGGUGGAAAGUUAUGACAUCGCACGUCUGUCAGCAAAUGCUGACAUUGGCUACUUCUCAUGGAAAUGUCCAACCCCUAUUAAAAACAGAGAUGUAGUCACGUUGCGUUCAUGGCAGGUGAAUGAGGAGGAAUAUAUCAUUGUUAACUUCUCUGUAAAGCAUCCACAAUUCCCUCCCCGCAGCGACCUUGUUCGAGCUGUUUCUAUCCUGACAGGCUAUUACAUCAAACCCCUUGGACCAAACAGCUGUACAUUUUACUACCUUUCUCAAGCCGACCCUAAAGGUGCUCUUCCCAAAUGGGUGGUUAACAUGGCAUACCAAGUUCUAGCUCCUGAUGUAAUGAAGAGUGUGCAUAAGGCAGGACAGAAGUAUCCAGAGUGGAAAAGGGAAAACUCUCCAGAACGCAAACCCUGGCUGUAUCCAGAACAGAACACCCUGCCCAUGAUGGACCCGGCUGAGCUGUCCAUUCAGAGAGGUGACUCGCUCGAGAAUAUAAAUGAGACUUCACCCGACAGUGAAGAUAGUAGCUAG